GUUACCCCUUAAAGAUUAAGUUUCUGAAAACCUUGCACUUUUAUUUAAGGUAAUAGUCAAAAAGUCUUUAAUAUCCAUAAAAAAUGACUUUCCACACCCUUAGCUUAUAUCUUACUCAACACGCUCAGCACUAAUUACGCUUAAGCUACUCGCAGCAAUAAAAGGUUAUGGGCGAGUAAUGAAAACAAAAGAAUAAAUAAACAAAAGAAUGGAUGGGAAUUCUCAUGUAAUUGAGCAAUUUUAUGGAGUGUACUUAUUAUAUUGUGAAAAUCCACAGUUUAAAGGUCGUACGUAUAUAGGAUUUACAGUUGAUCCAAAUCGUCGAAUAAAACAACAUAAUAAAGGUCGGAAGUUUGGUGGAGCUUGGAAAACCAGUAAUCGAGGACCAUGGAAAAUGGUUUUAAUAAUUCAUGGCUUUCCAAACGAGAUUGCUGCGUUAAGGUUUGAGUGGGCCUGGCAACAUCCUCAUACAUCUCGGCGAUUAAACCAUUUACCAAAGAAAAAGAAUAACGAACGAAUGUUCGAUUAUUUAUUACGAAUAGUUUCUGAAAUGUUACGUAUUGGUCCAUGGAAUCGAUUACCUUUAACCAUAAGAUGGCUGGAACAAGAAUACGCUAGAGAUUUUCAUAACGAUCGAUUACCACCAAUUCAUAUGCCAAUUUGUUAUGGUAAAGUUGUUAGUAAAAAAUUACCCAAAUCAACAAAAAGUUCUUCUUCAUCGCUCUCCAAAUUAGAGAAGAGUAACCAAGAAGAUGAAGACAUUUUAUUUUGCUUCUGUUGUAAAAAUAUUUUAAAUAAUGAUAAUAAAAUUGAAUGCUUGGCCGUUGAAUGCGAUAUGAUUGCACAUUUUGAAUGUUUAUCAAAAUUAUUUUUGGAUGUUGGAGAAUAUGUUCCAAUCGAAGGAGAUUGUCCAAAAUGUUGUACUCGUGUGUUAUGGGGUGACUUAGUUAGGAAAUCACAAGGAUGUUAUAAAGAUCUUGAUCAGCAAGCAGAUGAUGAUAGUGAUGUAUAUUCAGAAUUAAGUGAUGAUUCUAAUUAAAUUUGAUUUUGGCCGCAUGCUCGUCAAUUCAUCGAUGUCUUGUGCUGCCGUACGUUAUUAAUUGUGAUAUUUUUAAAGAUGCCCACUGGGUAAUUUAUAUAAUAAGUUUUAACUUUUUAGAAGCCAUUUAUAAAAAUAAUCGCUGAAUUAGGGUAAACGCGCUAACAGAAGUACGAAAAUUAUUGCCAUUCGCCCACUAGCUGACGAUGCUCUGUUAUUUAAUUAAAUAUA